AGCAGCUGCCAUUGCCAUCGUGUAGAGAAGACAGCGAGAGAGAGAGAGAGAGAGAGAGAGAGAGAGGAGUGAAAGAGAGGAAGAGAGAGGAGAGAUAUAUUACUCACGGUAGGACGGAGAAGAUUUGAGCAGCUGGGCUGUACUGACUGGACUGUGGAAGGCGGCUGAGUGGACGUAGCCCCAUGGCUCAGUCGGCGGCUAUCAGCGUGGAGCAGGACCUGGCCAGCAAGAGGCUGCACUCGAGGAUGGAAGCCUCGUGUCUGGAGUUGGCCCUGGAGGGCGAGCGGCUGUGUAAGGCGGGAGACUUCAAAGGGGGCACGGCAUUCUUCGAGGCAGCAGUGCAGGUGGGCACGGAGGACCUGAAGACCUUGAGCGCCAUCUACAGCCAGCUGGGCAAUGCCUACUUCUACCUGAAGGAGUACGGCAAAGCGCUGGAGUACCACCGCCACGACCUCACCCUCGCCAGGACGAUAGGGGACCGGAUCGGAGAAGGCAAAGCCAGCGGCAACCUGGGCAACACGCUGAAGGUACUGGGGAGGUUUGACGAGGCUGCGGUGUGCUGCCAGAGGCAUCUGGACAUCUCCCAAGAACAGGGCGACAAGGUGGGGGAGGCGAGGGCGCUGUACAACAUUGGGAACGUGUUCCAUGCCAAGGGCAAGCAGCAACUGUGGGGAUGCUCGCUGGACCCUGGGGACCUGCCCCCCGACGUCAGGGACACCCUACAACGCGCCACCGCAUAUUACGAAAUGAACCUGUCUCUGGUCAAGGAGCUGGGGGACAGAGCCGCGCAGGGCCGCGCGUUCGGUAACCUCGGCAACACCCACUACCUGCUGGGGAACUUUGUGGAGGCCAUCAAGUUCCAUCGAGAGCGGCUUUCCAUUGCCAAAGAAUUCGGUGACAAAGCGGCAGAGAGGCGAGCUUACAGUAACCUAGGCAACGCUCUGAUUUUCCUCGGGCAGUUCAACACGGCCACAGAGUACUAUAGGAAAACGUUGCAGCUGUCUCGCCAGCUGAAGGACCAGGUGAUGGAGGCUCAGGCCUGCUACAGUCUGGGCAACACCUACACACUGCUACAGCAGUACGAGAGAGCCAUCGACUACCACCUCAAACACCUCCUCAUCGCCCAGGAGCUCAACGACAGGGUUGGUGAGGGCCGUGCCUGCUGGAGUUUGGGCAACGCCUACGUGUCUUUAGCAAACCACCGGCAGGCUCUCCACUACGCCCGCAAACACCUGAACAUCUCCAGAGAGAUUGGAGACCGGAAUGGGGAGCUGACGGCUCGGAUGAACGUGGAACAGCUGCUGGAGGCCCUGGGAGUGAAGGAGGCUGACCUGUCGCCCUGCGGCUCCGAGUUCGAGAUGCAAGGAGCGAGACCCAAAUACUCCAAGAGGAACAGUCUGGACAGUGUUGACCUGUGGAAGUACUCUUCUGAAAAGAACGGAGAUGGCCAGGACAUGGACAGCAUCUCGCGGAGGUCCAAGAGCCAGCUGUCACAGACCAGCGUGAGGAAGGGAUACGCUGACAGCCAGUCGUCGGACGAGAGGCAGUGGCUGGACUCGCCCGUGGACACCGACGACAUCACCGUACAGGUGUCCCCGCCGAAGCUGGCCCGUGACCCCUCCGAUGAGGCCUGCUUUUUCGACCUCCUCAGUAAGUUCCAGAGCAGCCGCAUGGACGACCAGCGCUGCCCCCUCGACGAGCCGCAGAGCGGCGAGGACGGAGAAGCCGCCGGCGAAUCAUGCUCCCCUCUCAGCGAUCUGAUCGACCCCAGCCUCACCACGUCACCUCAGACAGAGGAGCUGUUUGACCUGAUCGCCAGCUCACAGAGCCGUCGUCUAGACGACCAGCGGGUGAGCGUCAGCAACUUGCCGGGCCUGAGGAUCACCCACAACAACCUGGGUCACCUCUGUGGGGAGGCCGACGUCCAGGGGCCGAGCGACGACUUCUUCAACAUGCUCAUCAAGUGCCAGUCCUCUAGGAUCGAUGACCAGCGCUGUUCGCCGCCAGACGGUGGACCCCACGCGCCCACGGUUCCUGACGAGGACUUCUUCAGCCUGAUCCAGCGUGUCCAGGCCAAGCGCAUGGACGAGCAGCGCGUCCAUCUGCCCUCGGACGAGCAGGAGGACGCAGAGGCCGACUCCGAGCCAGAGGCCGAGGCACGCUCCGGUGACUCCAGCUAGACUUGCCAUCAUUCUUUCUCCUGCACUCUCUUUCCAUGACCCACCUCAAUAGAGAGGGGGUUGGUGGGUGGGGGUCUCUUUCCAUGACCCAUCUCAAUAGAGAGGGGGUUGGUGGGUGGGGGUCUCUAACCCCUGAUCUCUGAAGGAGAGACACCGAGAGGAGGAAGACGUGGGAGCGAGUGAGGAGGAAGAUGAGGGAGCAGAGAAGACUCUUCCUCCAGGCAUGUCUGAUACUAUCGAGGCUAACGGAGGAGUUAGCGAUGACCGGCCAUGGAGAAAACGAAGAGUGAAUGUGAAUACAGGAGGGCUGUGGUGUAGAGUACGUCCGUGUGUGUGUGUGUGUGUGUGUGUACGCGUGUGCAUGUGUGUAGGACUAA